AUGACGACUGUUCAGCGGCCGACACGCGAGAUGGGAUUUUUCUCGGCACUCGGAAGCUGUUGCGAUUUCACGGAAACGAUGGUCCAAAAGAAAGAAACCAAGAUCAACAUGUCUGGACAGCUGUACUCGUUCACGGACGAGUUGACGUCUCAGGAACAACAAUUCUUCGCAUUAGUAGAGAGUUGCAACUUGCCGGCGAUCGAAAACUAUUUGGAAACCAACAGUAUAAAUAUCAACAUGAAAAAACAGGGAUACACACCAUUACAUAUAGCUGUACAGAACCAAUGCGAACCUCUAGUUGAUUUAUUCCUUCGACAAAAAGGCAAGUAUCUACACUUUAACCAUAAGUUAUUUACACUUAAACAAACCAUGAAAAAAUGUAUAUAA